ACUAAUGUAGAACCGACUUAAGGAAUAAAUGCAAUCGUAUGAAGUUGUACACGUUUGACAACACAGCUUAGCGGCGACUCCGACUUCAGGCGUGACUAAACAUCACUUUGUACUCUCUUGUUUAUACUUGGUGAUUCGAUACGGUGGUGCAAACGAAUGAUUUUCUCGUUAUCACGUAACGGCAUGCGAUGCGAUGCAUGUGCAUGACAUUGUUUCAUCGAUAAACAAUUCAACUACCUGGCCGUAUCUAUGAGAGCUCCCGGUCGCAAAACGGUCGACGUUACGACGACGACAUUAAAAGUACAUCGAAAGGAUGGCAGAAGAUGAGAGGCAAAUUAGAAUGGCCGCUGAAGCUAUAUUAAGUGGCUCAAUCAACUCUCAGAGAAGUUCGGUUACUCAGCACAGUAUAACACGAACGCCGGAUAUCGUUCUCAGCGAGGAUCUGAUCGCAGGAGCGAGACACAACGGCAAGAUGUCAAAUGUCAGGCGUUUCUUUUGCCUCUUCGUCACCUUUGAUCUUCUUUUUACAUUCCUUAUGUGGCUCAUUUGCACAAUGAUUGCAGGUGAAAGUUUACGUACAGCUUUCACAGAUCAGGUGAUACAUUAUCAUAUAAAAACGUCUUUGUUUGAUAUUGUGAUGGCAGCGAUUUGCAGGUUCACGGUCUUAUUGCUCUUUUAUGCGCUACUGUAUUUAAAUCACUGGAUCAUUGUAGCUAUAUCAACUGCCACAACAUGUGCCUUUUUGAUUGCCAAAGUUUUUCUUUUUGAUUGGACAUCAGCUAAUCAACCAGUAUUCCAAGUUCUGCUGAUCUUGACAUCUUUUGUAUUAGCAUGGGCAGAAGCUUGGUUCUUUGAUUUUCGUGUGAUACCUCAGGAAACUCAAGCAAGAAAUUGGAUUCUUAAUUUUCCGGAUACAGAAAGGACUCCGUUAUUACAAGGCAUUAUGACAGAAUCACGGCAAUAUGCUGCAAAUGUUGAUCACAUGAGUACAUUUUUCACACCUGUGGAAUCUCCGACUCAUUCUGAUGAUGAGGACAUCCCCAGAAAGCAAGGAGACUUGAAACUCUCAAAAUCCAGUGAAUUAUUUAGAUUCCUAGCGAAACUUACACCUGAUAAGAUUGAUGAAUAUAAAAUGAAGACAUCUAAGAUGUUACAAGAUUGUCACGACUUGUUAACAUCGAAAGAAUGGAAAGACACAAGUAUAACAAGCGAUGGUGAUGAAAUGUCAUGCAUGCAACUCCCAUCAGAAUGGAAAUUAGAUGGAAAGGUCAUGAAAAUAAUGGGUAUCAUCGAUGCACCUGCUAGCAUACUCAUAGAUUUAUUGUUUGAUGGUGUCGAGGAACAAGUUUCGUGGAACAAACUCGUGACAGAAUCAAUAAAACUACAGUAUAUUGACGAAAAUACGGAUAUUGUUUACCAAGCAACAAGUCCUUUUGGCGGCGGGAUUAUUACAGCGCGAGAUUUUGUUAUUUUAAGGCAUCGUAAGAAAUAUGGCAAUUAUUAUAUCACUAGCGGUGUAUCGAUUCCUACCGCGUCAGUUGAAGUUCGCCCAAACAUGACAAGGGGUGAAAAUGGUAUAAGCUGUUUCGCAACAGAAGAGUUACCUGACGAAGUUAGUAAAUGUCGUUUUACUUGGAUCCUAAAUACAAAUUUUAAAGGCUGGAUACCACAAACUGUUGUAGAUAAAUCUUUGUCCACUGGUCUAGUAAACUUCAUGACAUAUUUAAGGGAACAUUUGAAUGAUAUGCAACAAUCGUCAAUCUAGUACAGUGUUACUCAUAAAGUUGAUAAGUUGAAUUAUCUUUUUUUAUGUACUAUGUUAGAUCUAUGUAUUUUUUUAUCCAAUAUCUAUUGACGUAUAUACAUAAUACGUAUAUGCAUACAAAAAAAGAAUAUUAUAAUUCACAUAAUUGUGGACUUGACAGAGAGUAUAUUUUUAAAUGAAAGGCAUUUUUUAACACUAGAAUCGCUGAUGUCCCGUUAAAACUGCCGAAGGUGUCAAUUUGGUAAUUUUCUACCUUUUCGGUUAGCGAAAAGUUAUUUAAAUAUUGUUUGUAUCGUUAGAAUUAUUUGUAUAAUAUUCACAUACUUUCAAUAAUGGCUGUGUUUAGCAUAAAAAGCUUUGCAAUAGUUAUAAAAUUCUUGAUACGAUUGAUUUAUACAUUCAAAUCCAGUGAGGAACUAAGAGCAAGACCAAUCAUGUUAAAAAAUUUUACAACAGUUGCAAAACUUUUCUGCUGAAUGUAGUCAUUCUGUAUUAUAAUAUAUUAUAUAAUAUACCAGCUUGAUCAAAAAGUUUCCGGAAGAGACCAC